AUGUUAAAUACUAAACUAACUAAAUUUAUCGAUUCAAAAGCAGAUCAAGUCAAUUCAUAACUUAAGACAGCCUAAAACACAUUACAAAACCAAACAUCACAAUUAACUAAUUAAAUUACAGAAGCCAACCAAACCAUGAAGGUUGCUGCUCCUUUACUAAAAGUCAUGGGUAUUAAAAUCCUAAACUUCUUAAGGACAUUCAGAGGCAGCUCAACUAGCUAAAGGAUUAGAUUUAGCAUAAAAGAAUCUUGUUCCUAUUCUAGAUUAGACCAAUAAAACUAUACAAAAGGGUACUGAUAUUGCUAACUCUUAAAUUUAAAAGGCAUCCAACUUAGCAAAUUAAUAAAUUCAGAAAGUUAAUGUAAAUAUAUCAAUAACAAAAAAGGAAGUACUUGGAUCAUAAUUGGAAUAAGGUUAAUAGAUAAUUAAAUAAUAAUAUGAAAAAGGCAUGGAAGCUAUUAAAGAAAAUUAAAAUAUUUAAUCAUUUGCGGUCAAAGCUGCAGUUGUAGGAAUGACAAUAAAUUAAAUGAUGGAUACUCCAACUGAUGAUGGAUCAGGCAAGAUGAAUUAAUAAAUAGAAAAUACUUAAUAAUAAUAAUAAUAAUAAUAAUAAUAAUAAUAAUAAUAAUUUUAGAUUAGAAAUAUAUUACCUACAUAAACUAAUAUUAAUGCAGAUUUUAAUAAACAAUAAUAAAAAUUAGAAUCUAAUUUUUUUCAAAAUACUAUUAAAUCAUACAUUAAAAAGAUUACAGGCAAAUAAGUCAAUUCAAGAAUUGAAUAUUUAUGUCUUAUCCAAUAAAAACUUAAAGAUAAUAUUGAUAUUAAUUAUUUAUAAUAAUCUAAGCAAUAAUUAAAAGAUUAAAUGUGGAAAGCAGCUUAUUAAGAAAGAAGAAUAUAAAGUCAUUAAAUUUUUGUCUAAUAUAUGAUUAAAAUGGUUGAAUUCAUUUUUGAAUAUUUAACAAUUGUUGAAACUGUAUUUUAAUAAAUAAAAAUGAGAUAUAAAUCAUCUAAUAAUUCAUUUGAAAUGAUACUUAACUAUUUGAAUAAUCUAUCAAUACAAUUUGAUUAUUUUACAACAUAUUCUUAUGUUUAACCAAAUUAAAAAAUGUUGAGUCAAUUAUUCACAAAUAAAACUAAAAAAUAAGUUAAAUAACUCCAAAAAAAUUAUAAGAAUUAAAAAUCUAAUCAAUCUGGUAAUUAAAAUAUAAAUAGUGAAAAUCAAAACUAAUAAUUAAAUUAUAAGGAAGAUAAAGAGGAUAUAUAAUUUUAUCAUUAAGAAUUAUGCUAAAAUUUUAAUAAACUUGAAAGUGAAUAUUAAUAACAUAUUUAAAAUAUUUAAAUAUUUAAGAACAAUUUAAAAGGGGAAAUUAAAGAUAAAUUAAUUAUAUGUUAAUAAAUGAAUCAAUAAAAAAUAUCUGAUUAUUUGAUGUAAGUGUAAGGAUAACGAAACAUAACAUUUGAAGCUGUAGAGUAAUUUUAUAAAAGUUUCAUUCAAUAUGAAUAAAUCUAUGCUUAAAAUGUAGAAUUUGGUUUUUAAGGAGGACAACCAUUGAAGGAUAUCUAUGAUGAAGAAUAUAGAAUGCAUUGUAAAUAAAUAGAUUAAAUUUAGAUUACUUUAAAUCUCUCAUAACAUAAUAGUAAUAAUUUGGUGUAUUUACUACAUACAUUCUUAAAGAAAUAUCAGAAUUUGAAUAUAUAAGAAUAGAUUUUAUAUAGAAAUUAUUUUCAAAAUUAAAUACAGAAUUAGGAAAAUAUUUUCAAUAUCCAAAUUAGAAAACAAUUGACUUUACAAAUCCAAAAAUAUUAUAAUAAGCAAAAGUAGCAUUUAAUAUAAAUUAACUAUUAACAUCAGAAUAACUUGUAGUGAUCAAGAAAUAUUCAGGCAUUCCUUUAUAGAAUGAUAUUACAACGGAUAUAUAUAAUGCAUUUGCUUCAAAUUUUACAAGUAUGUAUUAUUUAAUCUUUUUUAGUACCUUCUCCUGAAUAUCUAUUGUAAUAAUCCCCUUUGAUUCUCAAAAAAUAUUGUGUUCAAAGGGAUGUUGCUUGGGAAAGAUCAUUAAGUUUUGGCAAGGAUUUCGUGCCUACAAAUUUCAUAAUUUCAGUUGAUGGAUUUUUAUUAUUUUAUGAUACCGAUUGGAAAGAAUAAAAUAAUGACGAACCUAUGUAAUGUCAUAAUUUUAUGGUUAUAAAUGAUGUAUAAAAUAUGAUUUUAUUUGACAGUUAGUAAUAAAGGAAAGCUAAAGUGAUGAAACACUUAUAGAGUUGAUAGUAAAGAAACCUGGGAAAUUAUUUGAUACGCAUAAGAAAUAAAUUUUGAAAAUGAAUGAUGUAAUGGAAAAGGAAUCAUUAAAACUAUUACUAAAUUAAUUCAAAUGA